AGAUGAAGUACAAAAGGUGUUCGACAAAUACACAAUUAACUUUGUCCGACGACUGAACAAAGUCACUGCAUUACGGAUGUUUAAGGAGGAAUUCCAGCUUGAUGACGAUAGAUCGGAACUUAUGUUCGAAAUGUUCGAUAAAGACGGCAAUGAUAUCCUUAGUGCCUGGGAAUUCUAUCUAUUUUAUACCACUUUUGGAUAUAAUUCCAACGAAUAUCUAGAAAGAUUUGAAAAGUUAAAUGGCGGUAAAGGUACAGCCGAUAUUGCCGGUCUUUUUGACUUUCUUAAAGAGUUGAAAACUUUAAGUGGUCGAGCAUUUGAAGACGAAGAAGUUGAAAAAGCUAUUAUGGGAUGUGCGGGCGACAAAGAUCGAUCAAUUGAUAAGAAAAAGUUUAUUGAACUUGUGUGUCGUAUAAAGUUGACACGACAUUGAGGGGCAUAUAUUAAUAAUAAGAUGGUUGUGACUUAACAACUUUUCACGUGCUGUAAAAAUGAUAGUAUUGUGAAGUGUAUUGAUAGAAAACGGCAAAUUUGAAAUAUUUUUUACUAUGGAAAUAUAUUUGUACUUCUUUGUGACCAACGCAAUAUCAUGUUUUUAUUAUAUUAUAUUGUCCUUUUUACGCGGAGAAAUAUCACUGUAAUGGAUGCAAGUUUUAGUUAAUUUGGCAUAAUACUUCACAUGUGCCGGGUGAACUACAGAGUGGACAGGAGGUGUUGAAAAUUUACUGCAUGUUGUUUAAUAGAAAUUUCAUUAGUUUUAUAAUGAUAAUAUUGUUUAUUCUAGAACUCAUAUUUUUAUUUUUCAAUAGCAUAUUGAAUUUGUAUGUUACGUCAAAGGCAAUAAUUCCAUUUCAUCUAAAUAUUUAUUUCUGCCUUUUUUGACAUUCCACCUGAAAGUGUGACAUUCAUUGUGAUGUUUGUUUGACAUUCCAUCUAUGUUUCGUAUAUAUUACGUUAUUGAACUUUUUUAUUCAUAAUUUAUUAAAUUUGUUUAUUAUUGUAAAGCAUAUUUUUUCAUUCAUUUGAAAUCAUCCUUGUUCAAUUAUUUUUUUUUACAUCUGUCAUCUUUCUUUAGGAUAAUAAACUUUUCAAAGCUUA